GCAAAAUUGAGAUGAAAUAUCAUUCAAGGGGGAAAAAAUAAACGUUUUUAUAAGUUUAUUACACAGUUUUGAGAAUAAAAUGCCGUGAAUAUUAUUGAAUAUCAAAGAUGGGUCUAAGGGAGUCCAAGAUUAGCUUUUUCCCGUACGAAGAAGUACAACGACGAGGUAUAAAAAAGUACACUAUAUGUUGACCAACAUGCAUGUAUGAAUCCAAACAAUUUGUUUUGUGUUCAUUGCUUGUUUUGAAAGGAUUAUACUCGUUUGUAUUUUAGUCAAUGAAGAUGAACUCAAGAGGCUACGCUUGGCAUUCAAACGGAUUGCAGGUGCAAGUGGUGUAAUGGCAAAAUCGUCGUUUUUUCGUGAGGUUUUGGGUGAAAGUGUUCCACCAAAGUUAGCAGAGGUAUAAACUAUUAUAAAGAUCAAUUAACUUUAUCGUACUUAUUAUUUAUGAAUUUUGUGGCUGACGAAUGCUCGUAGCCAAUAUAUAUUAACUAUAUAUUUUGCCCACAAGAUUUUAAAUGUUCAAAAAUUAUGUACACAUUGUAUUGCUGAAUUGAAUAUUUUCACAACACUCAAUUAUAAUAAUACAAUGCAUUUGUCAUUUUAUAUAAAGACUAUUGAAUUACAAUUAGUAUAUACUCCCUACAUGCUCAACCUGUUUAUGUAGACCGCAUACAAAGCUUCGCAGAAAAUUUAUUGUUUGUUACUGCAAGCGUACAGAGAAAUUGCCCGACGACAAGUCUACAUACAUACUGCACAGAUGUCAUCAUUUUUUAAAUGCCAUUCAAAUUUUUAGUGUCGGGAUGAGGGUCAGGAUAAGAUCACGAUAAACCAAUAGUAUAUUCACAGUAUAUCCAUAAUAUAUCCAUAUGUAGUACAGUAUAUCCAUAAUAUAUCCAUAUGUAGCACAGUAUACCCAUAAUAUAUCCAUAUGUAGUACAGUAUAUCCAUAGUAUAUCCAUAGUAUACCCAUAGUGUCGAAAUUAUUGCAAUAGCCGGUUCCCCUUAUUACGUAUUCUGAAUACAACUACCAUGAUACUUUGCAGGUAUUUUCUUCAUUAUGCAAUAACACGUCCGAAAAGCAUGCUGGUAGUUGUAUUCAGAAUACGCAAUAAGGGGAACCGGCUAUUAAUACGAAAAUUGGAUUUGCAUACUAAUUUCAACUAAGAGCUAUGUAUUUCCAUAGGCAUAGUGAGGAUUUUGAAAGAAAAUUCUAGUGUAGCUACAUAUGUGAUAUAAUCCUUAAUUAAAAUGAAAUUUUUCAUUCCAGCAAAUGUUUAUUGCUUUUGGAGGAGGCAGCAAAGGCAUUUACUUCAAAGACCUGCUAUGCGGCCUUGCGUUGCUCACACGUGGAUCGUUAAUGGACAAACUGAGAUGUAAGAUACAAACUGAGAUAUAAAGUUUUAUUAUACAUUUUAUUUGCAGACACAUGCCUGUAGAUUCUAUUUUGCAGCGAUUAUAGAAUAUUUGCAUCCAUUUGUCCAUAUAGCUGUCUUGUUAUCAUGAUAUUGUUGCUAAAUCAAAUGUUUUUUCCUUUUGAGGCAUAUUUCAUACUUACUGACUUAUCAUAUGUAGAGGUCAAAAUUACUCAAAUAUGAUUGGCUAAUGAUGACAUUGGCAUUUUUUGAAUGACUGACUGAUUGGCUGAGAUGCGAGCACGGGAAUGAUUUACAUAUAUGUAGAAGAACUUGUGGUUAGAGCUCGACAACUGAUCUCAGUUGGUUAGAGCUCUGCAACUGGUCUCUGUAGCUCCAAGGCCGGCGAGAGGGGGGGGGCAGAGGGGGCAAAAUACCCGGGGCCCAGAGUGCUCAGAGGGUCCCGGAAAUCGUCAUGAUCGAUCGUAAAACAUACCAAAUGUGAAAUAAACGAUUUUUUGAUCGUUUUCUCAGCAAAAACAGUUAGCUGAACAUUGUUCACAUUGCGUUUUUAUCAGUUAUGCAGCGAUUUCUUGCAAGUAAUUCGCUGGUAAUUCUCUCGUUGAUUGCGAUUAAACAUAGACUUUGGCGUGGCCAUGCGCCAGCGGGAAUGUCGAGGGACAGGGGGCCCGUGUUCACCAAUUCGUUAUUUUGUUCCGGGGCCCAUGGUUGGCUCUCGCCGGCCUUGUGUAGCUCAGUUGGUUAGAACUCGACAACUGGUCUGUGUAGCUCAGUUGGUUAGAGCUCAACAACUGGUCUGUGUAGCUCAGUUGGUUAGAGCUCAACAACUGGUCUGUGUAGCUCAGUUGGUUAGAGCUCAACAACUGGUCUGUGUAGCUCAGUUGGUUAGAGCUCAACAACUGGUCUGUGUAGCUCAGUUGGUUAGAGCUCAACAACUGGUCUGUGUAGCUCAGUUGGUUAGAGCUCAACAACUGGUCUGUGUAGCUCAGUUGGUUAGAGCUCAACAACUGGUCUGUGUAGCUCAGUUGGUUAGAACUCGACAACUGGUCUGUGUAGCUCAGUUGGUUAGAACUCGACAACUGGUCUGUGUAGCUCAGUUGGUUAGAGCUCAACAACUGGUCUGUGUAGCUCAGUUGGUUAGAGCUCAACAACUGGUCUGUGUAGCUCAGUUGGUUAGAGCGCUGCACCGGAAUCACAGGUUCGAUUCUUGCCAGAGGGCAUGUAGGGGCAUGCUGGUACAUAAGUACCUGAAUUAUUGCACACUCAUUUCUGCUUGUAUUUUUUAGUUAUAUUUGAGAUUUAUUCAAGUGAUGGUAAUCAUGUACUGCAAGAUGAUAUGGAAAGCCUUCUCCUUGCAUCCGAAGGGGGCAAGGUGCCCGAAUCAAUCAGGCAGCUCUUUGCUUUGGUAAGUGUGACUGAGAUAAUUAACAAUUAUUCACCCAAGUGAGUAGUACAAGGAUAUUGAUCGAAACACAAAGUGUGGAGGUAAAUAUCCUUGGCUUCCUUGCAUUACUCACUGAAGCGGAUAAUUGUUUUAGCAUAUAACAAAACAACAAUGACCAAAAAACAACAAAAAUAUUUUUUUUAAUUUGUAUUUCAGCUCCAGUGAUAUAUAGUUGCAUAGACAAAACAGUAUUUAUUUAAAACUUUUAGUAUUUUUAUUCGUUGGAAAUUGCUUUAAAGAAUACCUCUAUACACACUGUUAAUUAAACAAAACUUAGUGACUUUCUUCGUGUUUAGUGAAACUGCAGUUUGUUUUUGUCUGGAAGUGGGUAGUGCGAGGAUAUCCAUAGCCAAGCAACCAAUCAAAUUGCACGAAAAGCACUGUCCACAAAUAUGUUGUAUAUAUUUAGUGAAAUAAAUUCUCGAACCGUACUAAUAUUUCUUAUAAUUUUAAUAAUAUUAUAUUUCUUACCGUACUUCCUAUGCUAAUCCAUUGUGUUUGAUCAUUUGGUAGAGUGAUAAAGUCACUUCACAAGAUUUUUGUGAUUGGCUAAGACGACAUCCUGACUCUAUCACCCUGUCAAAAUGGUUGGUAAAACAAGGCAAUGGCUUACAGUUGACUGAUUAUGGAGAGACGCCCACAUUUUAUCAAACGCUUGCAAAAUUUACUGGUUGUAAGUAUCUUUGGAAUAUCAGUACGUCUACACUAAAGAUUGCCAGAGUUAAACCAGUUUUUCACUAGGAAAAUUUGUCCAUGCUGAGUGAUUAGAUUGUGGCAUAAUCGGUCAAUCAGUAUUCAUUGUUUUCACUACAGUACAAGAAUUAGACAUCAUUGAGCUGGAGAAGAGAUAUUGGUAUUUAAAGUCUGGAACAAAAACAGGAAAGUUUGAUUUGGAAACCUUCAUGCCGCUCGUAUCAUCCUGUGUCUCUGAUUCGCUUGCCAAAGGUAUGUAACUGGUUAUUCAUGGAAACCUUUUGCAUCCACAUAUACUCUCUUUUACUAAUACUCAAAGUAACGUUCAAAGCUAUAGCCAAGGAAAUAUUUUUAAUGACAAAUAGCAGAUUAUUUUUGAAAACUGUCAACUUGACAAUUGUACACUGUAAUCUCUCCAAUCUGCAUACCCUCUGGUUAAAAUUUCCCUGUGGUUAGUAUAGGCAAUAGUUUGCUAUCAAGUGCAAUUUGGAAAAAACUUGCAUGAUAGAGUUUUUCAAAAUCGCACAAAUCUGAUGUAUUGAGAUGGACCGGGGUUCUAAAAACAACUAAAACUUCAUGAAUUGGUAUUUAUGUUUUUGUUUAGCAUUAUUCAAUGCCUUUGAUGAGAAUCAGGAUGGCCAUAUUGACUUUCGUGAGAUUGCUUGUGGAAUAUCCACUUGUUGUCGGGGACCAGUUGCUGAAAGAUUUGCAUGUAAGUCAAUUAUCUCACCUGAUAGAAGUAGCAAGUGGCAAAGUAUUGAGGGUGCAUGUGAAUUUGGGUUGCCAUCAUAUUGCUAUACCUUUUUGUUGCUGCGAAUGGAAACUAGUGUGUUCUAAUUUUUGCAAAUUUGCUUAAUUUUAUGACCUACCAACAGCGUUGUGACAUAUCUGGCUGUGAGCAGCUACGAAAAAUCCUACUAGAAUUUUAUAUGUUAUAUUUAAUAUUUUUUAUACUGUAUAUUUAUUUUUUUCUGUAUAUUUAACUAUUAAUAUUGAAUUAUUGAUUUAGUUACAUUCAAGAUAUUUGACGUGGACCGAGAUGGACGGCUUUCUGAAGACGAAAUAAGAACAAUGAUAAAAACUAUGAUUGAACUGAAGUCCGAAAACAUUCCUCAUUCACCAAUGGUAAUUUAUUUUAAUAAUACCAACCUUGCAAGCCAAGCUCACAACUCGAUUAUCAUCUUGUGAUGGAUGUGAAUGAGUAGAUAAGUUAUGAUUGUUCUGAGUACAUUUGAGUACAUGUACCCUCAACCAUUGAACUAUAAAUAAACUGGAAGGCUAACUGCUAUGAUGAAGGCCUAUGAUUUGAUGAAGCCAAAAUACUUUUUCUGAGUUAUAAGCAGAAAUACUUGAUCCCAAACGUCGGGCUAUAUAUCAAAUUGAAGCUAUUGAAAAUUGUUAUUCGCUGUGGAAAUUUCAAGACUUCAGCGAAAAGAAAAAUAUUUAAAAAAUACAAAAACAACUGCAAAACGGCAAAUUAUCGGUCAUUAUGUUUGUAAUUUUUAAAUAUUUCCCUUUUAGCUAAAGUCUUGAAAUUUCUACACCAAAUAGCGUUUUUCAAUAGCUUCAAUUUGAUAUGUAGCCCAACGUUCAGUGUUGAGUAUUUCUGCUCAUAACUCAGAAAAACUAAAAUACACUGGCUUCAAUUCCCCCCCCUGAGUUAGCCUUCCAGUUUAUUUAUAGUUCAAUGCCCUCAUCUAAACAUUCCUAACUCAUCCACUUGUUCCCAUACAACAGGAGGAGAAAAUCACUGCAAAAAUUGCAAGUGUAAACAGGCAUUUAACUUUUGCUUUGAUCGCAUUUUUAGGGUAAAAAAGAAGUUGAAAUUGAUCCUGAAAUCUUGGUCACAGAUGUUUUAAGUGAUUAUGAUUCAGAUAAGGUAAUGUUUGCCCAGUCUUUACAUACUGUAGCAGCUUGAUCUUUCAAAAAUCCAUAUUUUCCAUACUAUAAAAAUUGCAUCACUAAAUCAUAUCCAUACUUUUUUCCAUAUUGUGAAAAUUGGAUUUCCAUUCUAUAUCCAACGAACAUCCAUACUAGUUUCAUAGUAAAGAUUUGGAAAAAAUUUCCAGUGUUGCCAAUUGGUGACUUCAGUUGUGAGGCCUGAUUUAGUGUACCUCUCAAAAUCACUUUGUUUUUGCUUUACUCUUGAUUGCCUCUUUAUGCUGAUCAUUUCAGGAUGGUUUUGUGACACUGGAUGAAUACAAGAAGUGGGCAACGUCACAGUCACUCUCCCGUCUUGUCUUGGAUAUCUUAUUUCAGGUUUUCUUCUGUGUAACUGUGUUUUAUAAAUUAAUCAUUUUAAUUCCAUUGUACUCCUACAACACAAUGAUUCUGCAUCCUCGACAAGCAUGGAAAUAAUUGCAGCCUUUCUUUGAUCCUAUGCCAAGGGGCAAAGAAUUUCUUUGAAAACAUGGUCAGGUGGUCAAAUCACAUUUAACAAGACUUAAACAUUCCAGAACCAUCCUCAGAGAUAUGAAAAACCAGUUUCAUAAUAUUAUUCUAAACAUUCACUCAUGCAGCUGUUAAAUAUCAGCUGUGCUUAACUAUUAACAAAAUCCAUCGAAUUGAUUAAUGAUUAAUUAAACCGGAUAAUCUUAAUUGUUAGAGCGUCUGUCAGGUUAUCAGAAGGUUAUGUGCUUCGAUUCCUGUCAGGUCAAAUUGUAGCUAUAUUGCACAUUGUGAAUUCGAACCCUGUCCUUCAUGUUGAUAAAUUUAUUUUAGAUAUGUCAUGUUGUAUUUGGAUUAAGACCGGCAACACGAAAGGACGAAUAUCAAGUGAUUUGGUAAGGUUGUAUCUCUUAAAUCUCUUUUUGCGGCUAUCGCGAGUAAAUGUCGUAUUUGUUCUGCAUUGUUGUUGCCUUUUGGCUACGUUACGUAAGGAAAGCGAUGGUGGAGUAAUAAAGCGACCUAAUAUACAAUUUCUCUGUGAUUACAUAACAUCGCUCUUUAUAAAAAAGUUUGUUGCAAAUUGUAGUCAAAUAUCCACGCCCUUGAAUUUGUUUGAACUAUAUUUUUCCAGGGGUUGGUUGGAUCGGGAGAAUUUCCGAGGCUUGCAGCCAGGUACCACUUGGUUUCUCGUCGCCAUGGAAUGGUGGAAGAAAUGGAAGGAAUUCAUUGGACGGCAAAAAUCGGUAAAACUUCCCUUUGUAACAUGAAGAUUUCACGAAUAAAUAAGAGCUUUUCUGUGUCGUGCGAUGAAAAUCAGAUUGACGUUAUGGAGGUCAACUGCUAGCUCUACAAACAAAUAGUACGGAGUACGCAAUCGUCUUCCUUAAAAUUUUCGGUUGCGAUUUUUUUGUAAAUCUGUCAUCGUUCAUAAAGGCCCAAUACAGACUGAACGCGAUUGGACAACGCGACGCGAAUUUUCAGUUUUUAAAAACAAAUAAAACCGUCGACGGAUAUAGAUUUUACAAGAUAUGCAGAAUAGCUGCCAGUUGUCGAGCUUUAACCAUGCUGUUUAGGUCAUGGGUAAAUAUCGAGAUUUUGUUGAAAUUAGAGUGUUUUUAGAGCGUAGCAUUUUAAUCAACGAUCAUUUUGGUAUCUAGACUGUUGCUCGAAGUUUAUCGACAAGUGCAUUGGAAAAGAAUGGGGUAAGUCCGCUGUCCAGUACACUGUCGUCAUCUGCAAGUCAAGCAUGGGAUAGAAUGGAAAGUUCUCAACGUAAAGUGAUGGUCGGUAGGAGAUUAUCUCAACCACAGCGUUCCGUUGCACCAUUGGUUGAUGUAAACGGAAUCAAUAUUUCCAAACCUGGUACCAUAGAUAAUUCAUGUCUCGUUGAACAAGAUGUUCGCAAGGUAUGUAGAAGAAAAUUCUCAUGACAGUAAAAACCCGCGCAAAAGAAGCACUGUUUUUCUAGUUUUUCUAAAACAGUACAGUCUAUAUCAAGAUCAAUAUGAUGGUCUGAAAACUACACAGAAGUCAUUAUCAGUUAUACCAUGAUUCGGAGGUGAACCGCAAUAAACGCUAAGACGUUCAAAGCUAACUUUCAUUAACUGUUUCGACUGUUUCAUUGGUCGGAACUCCACUCAAAGUUUUAAAAUAGUUGAGAAAAAAGGGCUACUUUGCACUGACAUCAGUAAAUGGUUAGACUUUUGCUCGGAUCCCCUAUAUCAAUUGGGCGACAACCUGAACUCCACGCUCAACAAUGAGCGAGAAACUCAAUGUAAUCAUAUUAUAUAAUUUUAAAAUUUGACUUUUAUAAUUGGACAGAUUCAAUCGCUGACUGCCGACGGCGGCAAAUUGAAGUGUUCCGUACCGUUGGUUCGAGGAAGAGAUUUUGAAAUUGUUCCUGAAUCUGUAUGGAAGGCACUGGUUCAGUGGUAUACGGGCUCACCAGCCUUACCAAGAAACGUGAGUUCAAUGAAUGAAAAUUUGAGCUGAAGCAAAAAGUUUUAUUAACCAUAUUACCAAAACCAUGGAUGCUUCCUUUCGCCCGAAAAAAACGUCUCAUGUCAAAUGUAACCCUGAAUGUUUUGACGCGAAAAUAUGACGCGCAUAGACGUUGUAAACGUAGUUUAUAAUGAUUCGCAUGCACGAUGCAUAAUUUUUCUAAUAUUUUAGGUAAUUAUUGCAACCGAUGGCGAUCCUAGUCCUAUUUUGGAACUCUUCCCCAGGCUUCUAUUGCUCUAUCGUCACGCUCAACCUCCGGCUAAGAAUAGCUUCACCUCGUGGUCUGGCAUGGGAUUUGGUUUGAAUGGCUUAAAUUUUGGCCAAUCGUCUGGUGGGUCUGUUGCGCAGAUGAUCACACCGAAACGACAACUUAGCUACACGGCUGUGUUCAGUAGAAUGAAUACUUUGCAACAG